AUGAACAUCAGUACAGUACAAUUGGUAACAUGUGAUCUGAUACAUUUUGAUUGCCUCGUUGGGACGGUGGUGAUAAACUUGACAACCAAAAACGAGAUCCGGAUGCAGUUUGAAAGGAAAGUUGAAACCUCGUGGAGGAAAGAUGGAGAUUGGAAAGGUCGUUACUCGAGCCUUUACUCUGCAAGGCGUGUUUCACUUACGAAAGAAGAACCUCAUCGCAUCUCCUUUUUAACCGAUUCAUCUCCGCACAACAUCCUAAACAGAAUUACAUCAGACUGUGAAAGUUCACCGUCAGCAUCCAUUACAUUUUCUUCGCGCAUGAUAUCGUUGCUGUCCCAACAAAGCGACUUGUACAACAGCAUCCGAGGAAGCGUACAGCAUCAGUCACGGGACUUAGGCGGGCAAGAGACAUUACUUUUGAACAUGGUUCGUGCUAGGAAAGUACAAGACGUUGAAGCACAAGACAAAACUCUUGACCUUAAAGAUGACCUAACAGAUGAUCAACGAAAUGAGGGCUGCAUCCAUGGUAUCAGUAUGCGCACAACAGAUCGCAGUAUCUCCCGGUCUCGUUUCUCUCGUGUCUCAACACGUCGUGAUAUGGACAUACCGUCCAUCUUAGCUUUCACAGCCAACACUACCCAGCCAGUACAAUUAAAAAUGCCGGUUGGCCAGCAAAGUAAUAUCUUGAAGCGAGAAGAAUUACUACGGUGGUCUAUUCGUAAAGCCAUUUGCCCUGUGUGUUCACAAAAAUGGAGAGACAGAAGUUCUAUAACAAGCAUUAAGAAUUCUGGUCUCAAAAGAAACACAGCAAAUGAGAUACCCACAAUUAUAGCUCCAGCCAGAUUAAGAUCUUCAAUUAAUAUGGCUUAUGUUCCUCGUCCUAAUCUGGCUCUGGUGGAUGAAGAGAAGAGCAUUAGCGGGAUGCGUAACACAAGUGCGACAUGGCAAUUGACGCGGGCAAGGAAACUUCGUCUUCCUAAAAUGAAGAUUCCAUCUCCCGAGGCCAGUGCUCCUCCAAAAGCAACAGCACCACUUGCUAGAAAAGAUCUAGAUGCCAGGGUCGCAAAAUUCCUGAGAACUUGA